CGUCUGCUUCCCUUCGCCCGCUGCCCUCCUCCUCCUUCCCUCCUGCGUCUCUCUCCCUCGCUACCCUCUCGCUCUCAGACGACUGUUGGGCCGCCGCCGCCCUAGGCCAGGUGCUGAGGCUUUCCUUGGUCUCUUCGCCGGCGACGAGCACCCACAAGAUCUGUUGCUACUUCUCUGGUGAUGCCUGGAAUUCGGAUCAAAACUGAAAGAUAGGAGGAACAUAUAUCAGUUUGAGUGUAAAUAGAGGAACUUCCUUAUGUUUGAGGAUUAGCUCAUUGAGCAGCAUACAGCAACUGAUAGCUGUUGCAUGGUGUCACAUGUGCUGUAACAGAUGACUCCAAAAUGGAGCGCAUGCCCUUCAGAUAGCUACAGAGAACUAUCUUCACAUGAAAAUGGAGAGUGCAAAUCAACCUUAACACCAGUCCCUUCACCUACAAGCUGUUUUGGUUUACACACUGCGAACACAAUGUGCUCCCUAUCCUCACAAAAGAAGGAUGGCAAUGUUUAUAAAAGAAGGAAGAUGGAUAAGGAUUCAAAUUCUACUAUAGCAUAUGAAGAGGCUAAAGAAAUGACAACCCAAAGUUGCACAAUUUCUGAUGAUCACUCGUCAUCACUGCUACCCAUUGUCUCCUCAGAGGCAUUGCAUUUAAAUUCAACAGCAGGCAUGGCAGGUCCUAUCCUAGAUUGUGAGGAGCCUGCUGAUGUUUCAUUGGAGCCAAAUUCUGGUACAAAUGAUAGAUGCUUCGUUUCAAGUAUGUCUCCAUCUUUCAUGAUUCUAGGCAAAAAGAAUGCUGCUGAAUAUUCCUCAUCGAAUAUCGCCCUUACAGAAUCAAUUACUGAGCAUGUUUCACCAAGGGAUCUUUGCAUUGCCAUACUGAUAAAAGAUGGACUUAUAAAUGAAUCAAGAAAAAAAAUGACACAUAAAGAGGAAUUCACUGACAAUGAUGCUAACCCGUUGUUGGCAUGCAAUAAUUGUGGCUGCUUGGAGCAUUCGUGGAAGAUGCUGAUAUGUGAUUCUUGUGAAGCAGCAUUUCAUUUGUCUUGCUGCAUCCCUUGUAUCAAGGGGCUACCUACUGAUGAAUGGUAUUGCGCUCCAUGCUUGUGUAAGAAACCCAAGAGUCUCUAUGGGAAACUCUCAGAGGGCAGGAUCAAGCCUUCCAGGAAUACUAACCCAAGGCCUCAUGGAAUGAGUCACAUAGAGUACAUGCUGAAGGAUGCUGAACCAUAUGUUACGGGGGUUCGAAUUGGUAGAGAUUUUCAGGCAGAGGUUCCAGAGUGGUCUGGUCCAUCAUCCAGCAGUGAUGGCUAUUUUGACGAGCCCUGUGAAUUUGGUUCUGCAGAACUAACUACAUUUAAUUUGUGCAAAAUGAGUAAUCGAAGUCAUUCUUCCAUUGGUAAUUGGAUCCAAUGCCGUGAGAUCUUGAAUCCAGGAGACUCGGACAAGCAAGUUGUCUGUGGAAAAUGGAGAAGGGCACCCCUAUAUGUUGUACAGUCAGAUGAUUGGGAUUGUUUUUGUUGUCUUCUUUGGGAUCCAGCCCAUGCUGAUUGUGCUGUUCCACAGGAGUUGAAGACUAGUGAAGUUCUAAAGCAGCUGAAGUUUGUAAACAUGCUAAAGAAUCAGCCGGUGGACCAAAACCAGAAGCCUGCUUAAAGCCCAGUACCAGAGUGGGUGAUUCCUUAAGAGAAGGAUACCCAUUAUGGUUGUAUGAAUGAGUUGCUGUAUGUGGCGCUAUCCUGUAGCUCCAUCUGUAGUCUAUAGAACAUGUGGGAAUUAUGUUGUUGUUGCCUGUUAAACGGAAUGAUCGUUGACGCCUCCCCCUCUGUACCGCCGUCUUCUAUAGGGUUUUGGUACACAAGAGUUGUACAACAUAGAUCUGUCUGCGCAGUUCAGGGAGCAGCGUCUCGCUACUGUUGUAAUCCCUGCCAAACGAUGCAGUGAUCCUGCUCAAGUUUUGUUUCUUGCACUAAUGGAUGAGGUUGGAUGACUGAAGGGGGAAACCAAUUCAAAGUAUCUA